AUCACUGCAGCAACCAAUGAAUGCGACCCUGAUCAGCGCCAAGCAAAUCGAAUGAGGUCACUGAACCCAACCACCCCAUCAUCGCAAGCGACUAUCACGACGUUGAGCAACCAACAACUGCCCAUUAUCGAUCGCAAAUACUCCAAAAUGGCUCCCAGACGCAAAGCAUCCGCCCCCGCUGCCAAGGCGCAGCAGUCGACUCUCGCAUUCCACGGCACGACAAACAGGGUCACAAAGGCUGGCGUCAAAUCGCAAGGCGCAAAGAAGAACAUACUCGAGGCGAAGCUGAAAGACAUCAAGCCAGAGGUUGCCGACAUCUCAAAUACUGAGCCGACAACAACGGAAGCUGCGAUCAUCGAGCAAACAGAACAGGAGGUCAAGGCGCAAGAGGUGGAGAGCACACCAGACGAGGACAGAGCACGGCGCAUAUCAGAUGCAGCGAUCAAGAAGUACUGGACCACAAAGGAGAAGCAAAGGCUUGCACCGCGGACGCACCAGGGAGGUCUGAGCCUGCACGACAAGAUACUGAGGGAGUUUGACAUGAGCGCGCAUUAUGGCGUAAGUUCCGAGUCCCCGCCCAUCUAUGAUAUGAAGUCCUCGACGUUGUAAUCAUGCGCUAACAAGAUAUGCGCUUGUAGCCAUGUACCGGAAUCGCUCGGUUGAAGCGCUGGAAGCGAGCGCAACGGCUCGACCUUGACCCGCCGAUCGAAGUACUGGCGGUGCUGCUGCGGGAACAGGAUGCAAGCGACA